CCCCAAUUUAGCAGCCCGACAGGUAGUGCGGAUGUGCCUUUGCCACCCAGGGUCUGUCUACUAGUUUGCCAAGCAGACCUUUGCAGGAUUAAUCUCUCACUAUAUUAGCCUCUGCCACUUCUGCUGGGAGGCUGUUCCAGUUAUCCCCCACCCUCUCAGUAAAGUAAAACGUCCUUGCGUGACACCGAAGCCUCUGACCUUUUAGUUUUAGAUGCUGGCCUCCUGUCUGUGUGUUUGUUUUAGGCUUUUGUGUAUGCGGGGUGUGCGUCGGCCCCUUGGACGGCCCGUGUCGCUGCAGAUUGUGCAAGAGGUCUGCGUGUAAUUAAAUCCACAUUGAGUUACAGUUUAAAUCUCCUGCAAACCUCUGAACGGCUGCAGAGCAUCUAACUUCCAGCGGAGAUGGCAGAGCUGAGGUACCUGUCUGGAUUCGGGAACGAGUUCUCUUCAGAGGAUCCUCGCUGCCCCGGAGCGUUACCCGAGGGGCAGAACAAUCCUCAGGUCUGUCCGUACGGCCUCUACGCCGAGCAGCUGUCCGGAUCUGCCUUCACCUGCCCCCGAUCCGCCAACAAGCGGAGCUGGCUCUAUCGCAUAUUGCCCUCCGUGCGUCACAAACCAUUUCAGCCUCACAAGCAGGAAAACCUGACGGACAACUGGGACGAGGUGGAACCGGACCCCAACCAGCUGAGAUGGAAAGCGUUCGAAAUACCCAAGGCGGCCGAGGGGAAGGUGGACUUUGUGGCGGGCCUGCACACCCUCUGCGGAGCCGGGGACCCGCGGUCACGGAACGGAAUCGCCAUCCACAUUUACACGUGCAAUGCGUCGAUGAUUGACAGAUGUUUUUACAAUUCUGACGGGGAUUUCCUGAUAGUGCCGCAGCAGGGAAAGCUCCUGAUCACAACCGAGUUCGGAAAGAUGCUGGUGGAACCCAACGAGAUCUGUGUCAUACAGCAAGGGAUCCGGUUCAGCGUGGAGGUUUUUGGAGAGACCCGGGGCUACAUUCUAGAGGUGUAUGGAGUCCACUUCGAGCUCCCGGACCUGGGGCCGAUAGGGGCUAACGGACUGGCGAAUCCACGGGACUUCCUUACCCCGGUGGCAUGGUAUGAAGACCGCACGGUGCCCGGCGGGUACUCCGUUAUCAGCAAGUACCAGGGGAAGCUGUUUGUAGCCCAGCAGGAUUUCUCCCCGUUUAAUGUGGUCGCCUGGCACGGAAAUUACACUCCCUACAAGUACAACCUGGACAAUUUCAUGGUGAUUAAUUGCGUUGCGUUCGAUCACGCGGACCCGUCUAUCUUCACAGUCCUGACAGCAAAGUCUCUGCGGCCCGGGGUAGCCAUCGCCGACUUCGUUAUUUUUCCUCCCCGCUGGGGUGUAGCCAAUCACACUUUCCGACCUCCAUAUUAUCACAGGAACUGCAUGAGUGAGUUUAUGGGUCUGAUCAAGGGCCACUACGAGGCUAAAGAGGAGGGUUUCCAGCCGGGAGGCGGCAGCCUGCACAGCGCCAUGACGCCACACGGGCCAGACGCAGAAUGCUUCGAGAAAGCGAGCACGGCCAAGCUGGAGCCGGAGAGAGUGGCCGAGGGGACCAUGGCCUUCAUGUUUGAAUCCUCGCUGAGUAUGGCCGUCACCCGAUGGGGUCUACAGACCUGCAAUCGCCUGGACAAGGAUUACUUCCAGUGCUGGGAGCCUCUGAGGAGCCAUUUCCAGCCCGACCAGAAGCCUGGCGGCAAGUGAAGCAGAGCCUCGGAUUAGAAGCUAAAAUAAAUGGUUCCGACGUAUUUACCCCCAGUAUGUACCCCAGCGCAGGGUAUUUACAGCCCCUCUGCUUAAAAUACCUUCUCCGAACGCUCGUUAGUUUACCCACAAAGUCCAGCUCUGGUCCGGAGUUCAUGUAAUUCAUAGGCAAUCUUCUGCAAACUAUUACUAUUAUCACUAUUUUCCACCCCAAAUGUCAAACAUUCCAAGUAAGAAAUGUCACAACCAUUAAGAUCAAUUCAUCAAUUCCAAUUGCCUCACAGCCACUUAGACCCAACAUUAUCUGGGUAAUUUAAAACUUGGAUAUGAAUCGCUUUUUUUCUGCUGCUACGGCAAUAAAAUCUUUCAACUAAUGCCCACUUACGGCGUCAUAUGACUACAACCAAAAAUGAAGCAGCCACUGUGAAGGUCUAAGAAACGGCUUGUGAUCAAAAACCAGGGUUUGGGUUUGAACGAAGCAGGUGGAGGAUCCAAGAAGGAUAAAUGGACAGAAACAUAUCCCACGGGCAGAUUCAUAGCAACCAAUAGAAAUAAAGGACGGCGCGGCUGUCUGGGGCAUGGUCUCCAUGUUCCGCAAAGGACCUUAAUUUGCUGUAGUCAUGGGUUAACUGGUAUUCUGGGCAUGGCUUGGGCAUUCUGUGUGGCUAGUGACAGGGGGGAUAUAUUUGCCUUGGCGUUUGGAACAGCAGCUUCAUACCCAUUUCUUUGUAAUCAACAAUAAAGAUCUCAGGUUCCCGGCAA